AUGAACACGGCCUUUCGGGUGUCAAUCCCAAUCAGGAGAGCAACUCUAGAAUGCCUCGAAAAGUGUCAGAGGAUCAUAACAGAGGCAGCAAUGCUAGCAGCCACACUUCCCUAACAAACAUUCAUCCCAGCCAAGAGUCGGAGUCUGAAAAAAACAAAUUCAAUGGUGAUCUAAUCAGUGAAUUAGUUGUGCAUGAGUCCAAAGAUCAGGGACCUUUGAGUCUGUCACAGCUCAGAAGCACUCAGAAUUACAUUUCCCUAACGGACUCAAGCAGCUAUUGUCUGCAGGGGCGUCUGAAUACGCAACAACGAAAGCUUGUGAAUAAUAGAGGAUACACCGAAACAAACCACGAGGGACCCUGUGCAGUAAAAACCAUUCUGUGCACAGAAUCAAAUACGCAACCGUUCAUCUUUGGUGCAUCGACCAGGCAUGCUCAUGUGCAGCUUCAAUCCGGUGCUGACAGACAGACGCAUCCGAGUUACUCAUCGCCUUCAGUAACCACAAACACUAACUGGACACCCCUUGUCUCACACACCGACACACAGGUGACACCAAGCAAAUCCUCACCCUGCCAGAAGUCUGACUUGGAUGUGAGACCAACACAAGGACACAAAAGUCCAGGACAUUCUGUCUCUGCGCGAGCAUCAUUCAACGAGGAGGAAGAGCUCCGUGGAUACAACGGCCUCGAACACGCUCCCAUACUCCCGUCAUCAACAUCCAGCCCCCACCACCAGUCCAGGGAAGCGAACGCAAUCAAGUCCGGUGUCCAUGAGCCAUGUCCACAGGACAGCAGCCUGGCCCACUCCCACCCAGCUGAUGCAGACCUGUUGCUGCCACCUUCCCCACAGUGCUCCAAAUCAGCAGCCCUGCAGCAGAGGCUGGAGGCGGUGGAGGCCAGUCUGGCGGCCAACAAGGACCGGAUCACCACUCUACUCAACAUUAUCCGAGACCUGGAGACGUCCAGCACUCCCACCAGCAGUCGACGAUGUCGCAAAGCUGGACAGGACCUCAAAAACUGCUCAACGUGCCAAAAGACUGCUUGUAUUGUGUACAGCGUCGAGUAUGACUUCAGGCAGCAGGAGAGAGGUUUCUUGGAGGUUCUGAAUCGCUCAGGACGCGGCAACAACACUUUCUCUGUGCAUCUCCCCGAGCCGUUAAAUUUCAGCCUGCUCAGAAAUGCCGUCGUGAAGAACUUCACAAAGACAAAGCUGAAAAGCAAAAAGCUCUGCAAGUCCCUGCUCAAGUGGCUUCCGAGGAAAAUCCAGCGAGCGUAGACGUCCUGUGCCACGCAGCCACGGUCCUGCGAUACAAGGGACUGCCAGGGGUCCUUUGCAAAAAUGUUUAGCUGUUUAUUUCCUACCCAAAGAAUUAGGGAUGCACCGAUUGUUCAGUUCGUGACCAAGACGGACCAACUUCCAGCUUGAUCAGCAGAACAUGCACUCAGCUAUCAGACUUUUUCUUAUUUUUCUUCCUUGCAUUAUCGUAGAAUGUCUUAGAUGGGGAGGUUUUUACAGAGGCAGGAGGGCUUAAAAGCCUUGCACAAUGCAGCAUGAGUUUACGUUUGUGGCCUAAUGCUUAGAAAUACUACAGAACCUUAGCUUCAACUCAAUUUGAAUCCAGCUUAUAAAACCUACAAUAAUAUCAUGAUUUAAAAUGAAUGGAGUUGCAAUUUGACGGGAUUUACAGUUAAGAUUGAUCUUUGCUUUUUAGAAGUAACAUUGACUUGAAAAAUUGUGAAAAAAUACUGGCGUCACAAGAGUCGGCAGCAUCAAAGCCACAAAAAAUGCGCUCAAAGUUUUCCUCCCUGCACGGCAGUAAUCCAUCAACCCCUGAUGUCUGCUGUGUCAUUAAUGAUACACACAUCUCUGACACCUCUGCACCACCCUCCCUACAUAUAAUCUUUGUGCAUUUAGUGAUGCAUAUAAAAAGGUAAGAGGUUGAGAAUCUGGAAGUCCAAAGGGGGGGUGCAAACCAGUCAGACCUUAUGUUACCCUGGAGAACGUUAUUCCUGGAUUCCCAGCAGUGGAAAAUAAAAGGCAUUUUGAGAUCAUAUAAAAGUUGUUGAUCAGAAUUUUAUCAUAACCACAAUUUUAUAGUUAAAAAAAAAGCCGAUUUUGUAUCACGUCAAUGAUAGUUAAUUGGUCAAUUGUGAAAAAAAAAAAGAGAAUUGGAGGAUAAUCUAAAGUAGUAAGUCAGAACCUUUCGAACAUGGGGGGGAAAUAAUUCGUCUGAGAAAACUGCAGUCGGUGCGUCUCUAUGCAGAACGUUCUGGAUUUCUAUCACAAAUGGGAGUGUUGAGUCUGAUUUCUCUUCUAUGUAGCAGCUAGACACACAACCUACGUACAGGACCUACAGGUGUUUACACUCGUUUGUCAAUCGCGUCGCGUUGCAACUACAACACCAACCGCUCGAUGGCUCCAUGGGGCUCUUCAAUGCACCGCCCAGCUACUGCUUGUUUACUUCCUUUAUGCAACUCAGACAUAUAUUAUGCUAGUUGGAGCUGAUGAAUGUUGAGCAAGAGUAACCGUUACUGACAUUACAGCAAUGUUUCCAGGAAGAAGAUGAUAAAGAAGUAGCAGAAUGUGCGUAGAAGGACCGCAGACAUGUGGAUCGAUCUAAUUUUCUGCAGCCAGCAUUAACCUUGCGUGUAGUUACAGUUCUGGUUAGGUGCAUGGUUCCCAGCUACAGUGGACACACGUUGUUGGUUUGACAUAGGAGCAUAAAUCUCUCAUUAUUCUCCUACAGACAAAACUUUAAAAAAUGAUUUUAUACUAGAAUUUAUCCUGGAUAUUUGCAACUUUCAACUUCCAUCAUUUAUGGUCUUCUUUACUAGACUUUUGACAGUAAAUACUUUUGUUUUCAACCUGCCUGCUUACCAUGUAUGAGGUAACCAUGACCACAGAUUUCUACAUCUAAUUUUAUAA